AUGGAACCGGCUACCCGACUGCAUCGGCACAAUCCACUGGUUCGUUCAAAACCAGUUGCGACUGGAGCUGGUAGCAGGAGGACGGUAUUCCGGAGAGAACGCCGGGAAAGAUUGAGGGCCCAUCGUCCUGAGGCACCACCACCAGCAACAACACCGACGGUGUUGGCACAAACUAGCGACGACCAAGGCCAAAACAGCAACAUCGAAGGAGAGAAUGAUGGGCCACCCAACACACCACAGCCAACCAUCAUCAUUUACAACAACAAUAUGGGUGGCAACAUCACAAAUGGCCAUCCUCAAUUCGUCCGAUGA